UCUUUGCAUACGGGUUGAAGCUCUUUAUAGAAAUGUGGCAAGCUGGAGGGUUGAUCACUCUUCAAUCUGGGAACAAAAAUAGAGAUUUAUAAAGAUAUUAUAAAGAUGUCAUAUGUAUCCAUGUACUGAAAGAUCAGAUGUCCUAUAAUAGAUAAUCGUUAAUAUUUCAAAUCACCAUCCAACAUCAAAUAAGGCAGAAUAAGAGUUAAACACGAGACAAGAUGAAAAAGAUGCAGAAGCUCCACCCUCUUACAUCACUUACCAGGAAGUGACUGUCUUAUUUCUCCUUUCUGCCUCUUAGUGUCGACAAAAUCAUAAAAUAAUCUGCAAUCAGUGGAGAAGUAACACUUUCAAGAAGAGACAGAAGAUCUUUGUGAUUCUCAUGUUGAUUAAUUUUUGAAACCAUCAUUCAGAAAGUGUAAUCUUAGAUUGCUGGAGCUCAAACAUUGACAAUGUAUUCACUAUCUGAAGAAGAACUUUCUUGUCCCAUGUGCUGUGAAAUCUUCAAGAAUCCUGUUAUUUUAUCAUGUAGUCACAGUGUCUGUAAAGAGUGUCUUCAACAGUUCUGGAGAACCAAGGGAACUCAUGAGUGUCCUGUCUGCAAGAGAAUAUCCUCACAUGCUGAACCUCCAUGUAAUCUUGCAUUAAAAAAUGUGUGUGAGUCGUUCCUGAAGGAGAGAAAUGAAAGGCGUUCAUCUGAGGAGAUCUGCAGUUUACACAGUGAGAAACUCAAACUCUUCUGUCUGGAGGACAAACAGCCUGCGUGUGUAGUGUGCUUUACUUCACAACAACACGACAAUCAUAAAUUCAGACCCAUCAGUGAAGUGGCUUCAUCAUAUAAGGAGGAGAUCAAUACACUGCUUAAAUCCUUACAAGAGAAACUUAUACACAAAGAAAAAGUUAAAGGAGUGUUUGAAAAAACAGUUCAUCACAUCAAGUCUCAAGCUGAGCACACAGAGCGUCAGAUUAAACAGCAGUUUGACAAGCUUCAUCAGUUUCUCAGAGAUGAAGAAGAAGCUACAAUCACUGCACUGAGGGAGGAAGAGGAGCAGAAGAAGCAGAUGAUGAAGGAGAAGCUGGAGGAGAUGAACAGACACAUCUCAGCUCUUUCACACACAAUCAAAGACAUGGAGGAGAUGAUGAAAGACAAUGACGUCUGCUUUCUGAAGAAGUUUCCAGUCUCAAUGGAAAGAGUCAAGAGCUCACAGCCGGAUCCACAGAUGGCUUCUGGAGCUUUGAUUAAUGUGCCACGUUACUUGGGCAACCUGCCGUUCAGAGUCUGGAAGAAGAUGCAGGACAUCGUCCAAAACACUCCUUUGAUUCUGGAUCCAAACACAGCUCAUCCAGAUCUUGUCCUGUCUGAUGAUCUGACCAGUGUGAGAAACAGCAGGAUCAAUCAACUUGUUCCUGAUAAUCCAGAGAGAUUCGACUGGUAUCCCUGUGUUCUGGGUUCAGAGGGGUUUAACUCAGGAACACACUGCUGGGAUGUGGAGGUUAAAGAGAGUUUCUGCUGGAUUCUUGGAGUAACUACAGCAUCAAACCAAAGGAAGGGGCGUCGUUGCUUUAACACUGAUGUCUGGAGUGUGGAGUAUGAACAGGAAGGACUGUCUGAACCAUUUGGCUCUCGUAUUAAACAAAAGCUUGAUCGUGUUAGAGUGUAUCUGGACUAUGACAGAGGAACGGUGUCAUUCUCUGAUCCUGUAACUAACACACAUCUACACACAUUCACAACCACCUUCACUCACACACUCUUUCCAUUCUUUAGUUGUUAUCCCUCUCUGAGGAUCUUAGCGUUCAGUAGUCAGUAAAUGUUACUCCUGUAGGUCUGGAUCUUCCCGGUUAACAGGCGUAAGCUAGUAGGGGGUGUGUAAAUCUCACUCCCCUGAACUCAAGAGGUGUUCUAGUGACUGACGCUGGAGACAGCGGUCUUCAGCCUUCUUGUUAGAGCGCCCACCUUCCAUGCUGACGGGCCCGGGUUCACGUCCCGCUUGGAGCGGGCAGGUGCGAACUAGAGGGGCUACACAGGGAACAUUCUCAUAACUUUGUCUAAUGUUCUGAAAAGUUCUUCCAGUAACAUAAUAGACCGUUUGUUCAGUGUUAUGUAAAGGUUACCACACAAACAUUAUUUAUACAUUGUAGAAGAUUUUUUAAAUUUCCUCAAUGUUAGGAGAAAAACAUUAGAAUGACAACUAACUUCAAAUGAAUAAGACUGUGUGUGCUGUUUUAAAAGAACAUUUUGAGAACAUUUCACAACAAGUUUUGUAGCCUGUUUUGUAGCUAGCUGUUCCUAACUUUUCUCUUAAAUUAAUGGAAAGGUUAUACAAGUGUUAGAAUUAAACACUUUCAAAACAGUGUUCAGGAAAUCACUACAUAUUGUCAUUAGUAUUUGAUAAAUGUUUUUAUAAUGUUACCAGAAAACAUUUGAACAACAUUCUUCGAACAUAAAUUUAUAAAUACUUUAAAUAUUAACUUUGUAGCUUAAAAUUGGCUUAAGGCUGGAUGUUAAACAGCAAAAUCAGUGGUAGCUUGCCAACAGGAGGCGUCCUAAUGGUGUCCUCUCAUGGGCUGCGUUCGAAUCCACAUAUUUCCCUACUAUAAAGUAGGUAAAAAGCAGUAGGUGAACGAAUAAUAUGUCAGAUUCCUCAGUAUUUAUAAAUACAUGGGUGGUGUAUUAUUUCCCACAAGAUUUGGAUGCACAUAUACAAAUGCGUUCGAAUAUGCAUACCUACCUGCUAUACAGUAGGAGAAAACAUGAAGUACAUGAAAAGAGUAGUAUGUUCAAAUCCUCAGCAUUCAUAAAACAUUAGGCGAGAAAUCCCUGGAUGGCCUACUGCUCCCGCCCACUUUUCUACCGGGAGAUGAUAUGUCAUAAUCGAACACGGAGGAGAAAAGCGACAUGGGUGUUUUCAAAUGUGAGUGAACACGGUUCCUUGUGUUAAAAUCACCCAUGCCACGCUGCAUUGAUGCAGUAAUUCAUGCAAAAGGAGGCCCAACCACGUAUUGAGUGCAUAGAAAUGAACAUACUUUUCAGAAGCAUGACAUUUCUGUUUAAAAUAUCCUUUUUUAUUGAUCUUAUGAAGUAUUCUAAUUUAUUGAGUGAAAUGGUGGGUUUUUGUUAAAUGUGAGCCAAAAUCAUCACAAUUAAAAGAACCAAAGACUUAAAGUACUUCAGUCUGUGUGCAUUGAGUUUAUUUAAUACACGAGUUCCACAAUUUGAGUUGAAUUACUGAAAUAAAUGAACUUUUCCA